AUCAAUGAUUUAAACGCCGGGACAAAACCAGAUAGAUUUGCGGAUGAUACCCAAAUUGCAAAAUCAAGUGACGAUAUCAAAGUUAUCACUGAAACAUUAAAUAGAGAUUUAAACAAUGUUGCAAAUUGGCUGUCCGCAAACAAAUUAACUCUGAACAAUAGUAAAACCGAAUAUACGAUAAUUAAUUGGUUCCAAGAAAAGGCUCAGUCAA